CCUCCAUCCAAUCACAGAGAAGUAGGUUACUCGGCGCAUGCGCGCUGCGCGGAGUGAUUUGUUGAUGUCCUGCUCGCUGGGCUUCAUUUAGGAUCAUUUUGGACUUUUGGGACGGUUUCGCGACUCGGUUCGACCCCGGUUCGGGGCUCCCCUGCUCUCUCGGCAGCUCAGUGACCCAGCGGUGUCUAUAUGAGGGGCUGAUGGAAGACACACGGGAUUUGGCUGAACGCACGCCACGUUCAGAGCGGAAGCGGCGAGACUCGUUUGGGAUGUUCGAUGGCUACGACAGCUGCAGCGAGGAGUCCACCAGCAGCUCCAGCUCGGAAGACAGCGAGGACGAGGUGGUGCCCUCCAUCCCCGCCAGCCUGCCCAUCAUCAAGAACAAUGGCCAGGUGUACACCUACCCCGACGGCAAGGCCGGAAUGGCCACCUGUGAGAUGUGCGGCAUGGUGGGAGUCCGCGAUGCCUUCUACUCUAAAACCAAGCGUUUCUGCAGCGUGUCCUGCUCCAGGAGUUACUCCUCCAACUCCAAGAAGGCCAGCAUCCUGGCCCGGCUGCAGGGCAAACCACCCACCAAAAAGGCGAAGGUCCUGCAGAAACAGCCUCUGGUGGCCAAGCUGGCAGCGUACGCUCAGUACCAGGCCAGCCAGCAGAACCAGGCCAAGUCCAAAGCCGUGGUCCCAGCGGAGAGCUUCGACUGGGGGAGGUAUAUCUGUAGCAAUAACACGGUGGGAGCGCCGGUCAGCUGCUUCAAACAUGCUCCCAUGGGGACGUGCUGGGGGGACAUCGAGGAGGGCGUGAGGAUCGAAGUGCCCAACUCCGACACCAGUCUCUCCACCAAGGUCUACUGGAUCGCAGAGAUCAUCAAGCUAGCAGGGUUCAAGGCUCUCCUGCGGUACGAGGGCUUCGACAACGACACCAGUAAAGACUUCUGGUGUAACCUCUGCAUCCCCGAGGUGCACCAGGUGGGCUGGUGUGCGUCCAGCGGAAAACCCCUCGUACCUCCCAAAAGCAUACAGCAUAAGUACUCCAACUGGAAAGUCUUUCUGGUGAAGCGUCUCACUGGAGCUAAAACACUGCCGCCGGACUUCAACACCAAGGUGCACGAAAACAUGCAGUUCCCCUUUAAGAAGCUGAUGCGCGUGGAGGUGGUGGACAAGAACUACCUGUGCCGGACGCGGGUGGCCCUGGUGGAGCAGGUGAUCGGGGGCCGCCUGCGGCUGGUCUACGAGGAGAGCGAGGACGGCUCCGACGACUUCUGGUGCCACAUGCAGAGCCCGCUCAUCCACAACAUCGGCUGGUCCCGGAGCAUCGGACACCGCUUCAAACGAUCCGACUUCACCAAGAAAUUCGAGGGUCAAAUGGACGCUCCUCCUCAGCUCUUCCCAAAGGUGCGAGACGUGGACCAGAGCUCGGACUGGUUCAAAGACGGGAUGAAGCUGGAAGCCAUCGACCCCCUCAACCUCUCCGCCAUCUGUGUAGCCACAGUCCGAAAGGUGCUGGCGGACGGGUACCUCAUGAUCGGCAUCGACGGCUCCGAGGCGGUGGACGGCUCCGACUGGUUCUGCUACCACGGCACCUCGCCCUCCAUCUUCCCCGUGGGCUUCUGUGAAAUCAACAACAUCGAGCUGACGCCCCCCAGAGGGUACACCAAGCUGCCGUUCAAAUGGUUCGACUACCUCAGAGAGACGGGCUCCCGGGCCGCCCCCGUCCGCCUCUUCAACAAGGAGGUCCCCAACCACGGCUUCCGGCAGGGCAUGAAGCUGGAGGCCGUGGACCUGAUGGAGCCGCGGCUGGUGUGCGUCGCCACGGUGACCAGGAUCAUCCACCGCCUGCUGAGGAUCCACUUCGACGGCUGGGAGGACGAGUACGACCAGUGGGUGGACUGCGAGUCCCCGGACCUCUACCCCGUGGGCUGGUGUCAGCUGACCGGGUACCAGCUGCAGCCGCCCGCCGCGCAGAGUAGCAGGGAGAUGCCGCAGUCGGUGCCCAAGCAGAAGAAGAAGGCUCAGCAGUACAAAGGCCAAAAGAAGAAGUCUCUCCUGAGGAUGAAGGAGGAGCCGGACGAGUUCACCUUCUCCCAGGGAACGUCGGACCAGGAGAGCAACGGCUCGGGCAGCUACUACAUCAAGCAGGAGCCCUGAGGGGCCGGGGGGCCCCGGGGGGCCCGGGGGGGCCCGGGGGGGGCCGCCGCCACCGGGAGGAGAGCCAGGAGCUCAAUAACACGGGGGUCAGUUCUUCUGAAGGGAGCGUCCCGCUGAACAGUGCGAGCGUGAGCCUGUGAGUGUGUGGGUGUGUGAGAGUGUGAGUGUGUGUGUGUGUGUGUGUGUGUAUAUGCGUGAGUGUGUGUGGGGUUCACAGCUGGCUGGGGCAUUAUCUUCCUCUCUGGUGUUCCUCGACCAAUCAGACGCCGACCGGACCGCCCCCUCCCCUCCCCCCUCCCCCCCUCAGAGACCUGUACAAACUGUGAGCCGCGUUAUUGAGCCAGGUCGCCCCUCGCCCCUCCCCCACCUGUGUGUGUUGGUGUUGUCUGGCCCGGGUCAGGGGUCAGAGGUCAGGAGCACAGCUGUGUAUAUUCUCUCCUUCUGUUCAUAGUACUUGAAGUUGUGUUUUCUUGAACUCUGGAGUUGUGUUGUUCUCUUCUUGGCGCUGAUUCCACAGCUGCUCGGCGUUCCUCAUCGUGUCUGUCGGGUUUGGGGGAUCGGGG